AUGUUAGGUGCAAUCGUAGGAGUCAAUUACGGUACUCUUGGCGACAAUUUACCCUCACCGAACGAAGUUCUUGAGCUAUGCAAAAGUAACGGUAUUACAAAUAUCCGAAUAUUUGAACCGAACACGGAUAUUCUUAAAGCUCUUUCAGAAAAGCCCAGUUUCUCGGUCAUAAUAGGAGUUCGGAAUCAGAACAUCCAAUCGAUCGCCAACGAUUACAACGCGGCGAAAUCUUGGGUGCAAAACAACGUUGCCCAAUAUUCUAACAAAGUGAACUUCAGAUACAUUGCAGUCGGAAAUGAGAUAACCCCAUACGAUCCCAGCACCGGAAGUUUCGCCCCGUUCGUGGGCCCCGCAAUGGUAAACAUCCACAAAGCCCUCCGAGAAACUGCCCUGAACAAUAAUGUCCCGGUUUCCACUGCCUUACGCGCAGCUGUCUUAAGAACUUCUUACCCUCCCUCUGCUGGAGCUUUUAAACCCAAAUUCGCCCCGUUCAUAAAUCCCAUAAUCCAAUUUCUUCAAGAAAAUCAAGCGCCUCUUCUCGUCAACGUCUAUCCCUACUUCGUGUAUAUAAGUAACCCGAAAGAUAUCAGUUUGGACUACGCGCUUUUUAGAUCUGAUGCUCCUGUCGUAAAGGACGGGCAAUACGAAUAUAAGAAUUUAUUUAGUGCUAUUGUGGAUGCAUUUAGCGUAGCAACGGGGGCGGCAGGGGGGCCUAAUGUUGACAUUGUUGUGACCGAGACGGGAUGGCCCAGUGAUGGAGGGACCGCGACUUCUAUGGAGAAUGCGCAAACUUAUAACAAUAAUUUGGUUAAUUUUGUACGAAAUGGGACACCGAGAAAGCCCGGGAAACCGAUCGAAACGUAUAUAUUCGAUGUGAUCGACGAGAAUCAAAAGAGCCCUGAAGUCGAGAAGCAUUGGGGAGUAUUUCUUCCUAGUAAACAACCUAAGUAUCCCAUUUCAUUCAUUUGA